AGAAGGCACAGAGAGCAGUCAUGGAUAGCAAGACUGUAAUCUCCCUCCUGAUUCUCUCUUUUAUGGGCCACUUUCCUGAGAUGAUGCUGGCAGCGGAGCUGCGGUGUCACUGCAUCCAGACUGUCACAGGAUUAAUGUUGCCAAAGCACCUGGCCAACGUAGAAAUCAUUCCUAAGGGCCCACACUGCAACGCUGUGGAAAUCAUAGCAACACUGAAGAACAGCCAGCAAAUCUGUUUAGAUCCCCAGGCCAAGUGGUUGAAGAUGAUAAUUAACAGGAUUCUACACAGUUCAUCCAAGAAACAGCGUCAGUGAAGGAAACAGAGGCAUCUCUGCGAGCAAAAGAAAGCUGCAUAGAAAUGCCAUUAGCCUUUAAAUGUCUCUAGGGUCAGGGUAUUCAUAAUUUCAGUCUAGUUUUUUCUAUCCUCACUGCUUUCCAUGCACAGACUGUUCAUCUGCAAAAGGAAACUGCUGGGCUCAAUAGGCUGUCACAGCACUAGCAGACUCUGGUACUUUAUGGCAAAAUCUUACACGGUGCUUAACUGCAGAGGCAUUUAAAGCAGUAUCCUAACCAAACCCUAGCCUGGCAUUGGUCAGCUGGAAACACCUGCACAGGUUUAGCAACACCACGGAUUCAGCAUUCACUGAACUGGUAGUUACACCAAAUCAUCUCUAAGCUUCCUUCUGAAGGACUACGAAGUACAGUUUUGUCUAGUUUAAGAGGGCUGUAGUUUUCAAAGUAAAGAAAUAUUAACCAAAGGAGAGUCUUACUGAAAGAAAAAUAAAAAUUUAAAAAAGAAAAGAAAGGGAAAAAGGAAUUUCUUGAUAUCAAUAAAAACCUUGCUUAGAGGCAAUAUGGGCAAUGAAUGAAGCAAAUGCUGUAAGAUUUCAG